AGUGUGCCAGGCUACCUCUAUCAUGAUGUCUGCUUCACCUGCAGCGCUUGCAGCAGAAGGCUACGGGGGAAAGCAUUUUACUACGUCGGUGGGAAGGUGUUCUGUGAAGAGGACUUUCUGUAUUCUGGAUUCCAGCAGUCUGCAGACAAGUGUAACGCAUGCGGACAUCUGAUCAUGGAUAUGAUCCUGCAGGCCCUUGGGAAGUCCUACCACCCUGGCUGUUUCCGUUGUGUCAUCUGUAACGACAGUCUGGACGGAGUGCCCUUCACUGUGGACACAGAGAACAAGAUUUACUGUGUCAAAGACUACCACAGGGUCUUGGCCCCCAAAUGUGCAGCAUGUAACCAGCCCAUUCUGCCUUCAAAGGGCUCUGAUGAAACCAUCCGAGUGGUAUCCAUGGAUAAAGACUACCACGUGGAGUGCUAUCACUGUGAAGACUGUCAGAUGGAGCUGAACGACGAGGAGGGGCACCGCUGCUACCCGCUGGACGGCCACCUCCUCUGCCACGCCUGCCACCUGAAGCACAUCGAGCCGGGCUGCGCCUCACCCACCGCUGCCUCCUACCAGCACCAGUUCUAGUUUUAGGAUCUAGUGCAUGGUGCCACCAGGUGGCCCUCUGAACUAACUGCCAAUAACCAACCACAACCAAUCUGCCAAAAACAAUCUGUCUAUAAUGGUUUGAAUGAUAAUGUAUGCCUUUACUGUACAUCUCUGAUGUAAGUUAGGUCUCUGUUAGGGUUAAUUGUGCGAUUGGUUGAUUGAUUGAUUGCGUGUGUGCAUGUGUGGGAGUGUGCGUGUAAAUGAGAUUGACCUGUUAUUAUUUUUUUAUGAAAAAAUCUAUUUCUCUAUCGAAGACAUUGUUUAUUAGUUGUAAAGUGUUGAACUUUCAUCUGACACAAAUGUUAAUACUCUGGAAAUAUUUUUUAAAUAUAUAUAUAUAUUGAAAUACCAAUGCCAAAGCACAGUUGUAUUUUAAUGACUGAUACCAAAACAAUUAAGCAUGGAAUUAUAACAAUACAAUUUAUAGUCUCAAUUAGGUGCAUUGUGUGUAAAUAAAUAUGCAUUUCAUGUGCUUGUGUAAAUAUCCUGAUCUUCAUUUUCCCCUUUGUGUGCCACCAAUUUCAGUUGCUCAGUUUGAAUCAAUGUGUUUGUAGAUAGUGAUAGAGUAGAAAUAGUUUGCAUAGCUGAAUAGAGAAAUUGCCCAGUUUUGUUGUAUGUCUCCGUGUGUGGGUUAUGAAGGUGCGUUUCCAUUACAUUGUUUUACAUGAAAUACCUUCAUUACUCAUUUUAGCUAAUAUGCAGUCAGUGUCUAGAAAGACUAAGUUAGCAAUUUAAUACACAAACUGUACAUGGUCCUUUAUUAUUCCCUGUCAGUGGGAAUCAUGUUGUAUUAGUGUUACAUUUCUAUUGUUAAAUGAACCCUGGAUGUUCUGUUCCCAACACUGAUACUGGGCUAAUAUUCCCACUGUCCUCUGUCACACACCACUCAUAGAAUAUACUUUCUAUUAGAUUAUUAACCCAAAUAUGGAAGUUAUGUCUGGGUCAACAAUGUUUCCAAAAUCCCUGCACACAAUUACCACCUAAGAAAAUAGUUAACUAGGUUUAUUCUAUUCCAAUAAACCCCCGAAUUCAAUAUCUAUGAACAACUCCUGAUAACCCAUUUUGGUUUGUAGUGACAAAAAAAGUGACUCUAAAUGAUUAAGUUUCAGUAGGCUUAGUCUAUCAUAGUAAAUGAUUUAUUAUAUUUAUCCUUGUUUGAAAAAAAUCCCAUGGUCAUUAAUCAUAUGUUCAAAGAAUGUGACGUAUGUGAAGUAUUCCAGUCGUUUACUGUAUUUAAAAAUGAUUUGAGAGAUGUCCAUAUCAAAUAUUUAACAAAAAUAAAUGCAUUGUAAUAGAUUG